AUGGGUGCCGACUCUUUCCACAAGGGGGAUGCGCAGGAGUACAUCGAGAAUGCUCAGCCUCCGGACCCCUAUCUCACAAACUACCCGCUUCUGCAGGCAAAAACGUCGGAAGAACUCGAUGCGUUGAACAAAAGCGUCGUGAGGAAAUUGGACUGGAAGUUCCUUCCGAUGGUCACCAUGAUGCUGCUCAUGAACUAUCUUGACCGCAUCAAUGUGUCAAAUGCACGUCUUGCGGGAAUGCAAGACGACCUCCACAUGUCGGAUACCAUGUGGUCGGCGGGAAUUUCCCUCUUCUACGUUGGGUACAUCAUUUCCCAAGUACCGGCCAAUGUCAUCAUCGCAAAAGGUAAACCUCGCAUUCUUCUUCCCUGCUGCAUGCUAGCCUGGUCGUCUGUGACCAUUUGCAUGCCGGCGAUGAAGUCGGGGUGGGCAUUCCUCCUCUGUCGCUUUCUCGUUGGAAUCACCGAGGGUCCAUUUCUCCCGGCCGUCUCCCUCAUGACCUCGUCGUGGUACACCAAACACGAAUCGCCGCUGCGAAUGAGCAUCUGGCACGCGGGAAACAUCGUCUCCAAUAUCUUUUCCGGUCUCCUUGCGGCCGGUAUUCUCACCAACAUGGACGGCAUUGCUGGUCUCCACGCCUGGCAGUGGUUCGUGUUGCUCGAAGGAAUUGUUAGUGUCAUUGUGGCGUUCCUGGGCUUCUGGUUCAUCCCGAACUGGCCGAACGACACCGGCUCAUAUUUUCUCACCCCCGAAGAAUCUGAGAUGGCACAGUAUCGUCAGCUCGUCUCUGCUGGCGGUCUUUCGGAGUCAGACGAAGGGGGGGCUUGGAGUGGCGUGGUCAUGGCUGCAAAAGAUCCCUUCACAUGGAUGUUUGCUGCCAUCCACUUUUCCGUUAUCAUUGCGCAGUCUUUCAAGGACUUCUUUCCAUCGAUCGUCGACACUCUCGGUUUCUCAAAGGUAGGGACGUACUUGAUCCAGGCUCCGCCGUACGCCAUUGCGUACUUGGUCACACUUGGCGUCUCCUGGUCCAGCGGUAGGCUGCUCGAACACUGUUGGCACAUUAUUGUGUGCAUCACCGUGUCUCUGGUUGGAGCGGUUCUCAUGAUCAGCACACUCAACACCGGUGCUCGCUACUUCGCCAUGAUUCUUCUCUGCUCGGGCCCAUUCGUGGGGCUGAACCUGCAGAUCUCUUGGGAGACGACAGUGGUGCCCCGCCCCAGGACGAAAAGGGCCGCCCUUGUUGCUAUCGCCAAUUGUGUCAGCAGUGUGAGCCAUUGGUUCACGCCCUAUUUCUUCUUGACGAACCAAGCGCCCAGGUACGAGACAGGUGGCGGCAUUCUCAUUGCCGGAUGUGGUCUUACUAUCGUCUUCUGUUUGGUUGCUAGGUGGUGGUGUGUCAGGAAGAAUAAGGAGCUUGAUCGGAAGGAUGCCCAAACUGGCGAAACUACUGAGUGGAGAUUUUCGACUUAA